AUGGUCCAAAGAGCCGGCGACGAUCUCCCCGCUACCGUCCUGCUACCUUCCGAGCUAGCUGAAGCGCUGACUGGCUGGAUACGGGUGGUCCAAUCUAUCAACUUUAAAAAAGAAAUAAAGUUAGUACAAAAAACCACUCUACUUCCUGCAAAGGGCGCGCUAGCCAAACUAAGCCUCUUCCUCGACAACAAGGGCAUACUGUGCGUCGGCGGACGGCUGGGCAAUGCUUCAAUGACUCGCGAGGCGAAGCACCCGACAUUACUUCCCAGCACCUCUCAUCUAACGCAGCUACUGAUCAAGGCCACGCACCUGCGAACAUUGCAUGGAGGAGUGCAGCUUACCCUGACCUCCCUGCGCCAGGACUGCCGCGCGGUCCACCUUGAUGUCGCCUCCGACUAUACCUCCGAUGCCUUCUUGGCCGCCCUGCGUCGAUUCAUCAGUCAUCGCGGCCUAUGUAAGGUCCUCUACAGCGACCGCGGAACUAAUUUUGUGGGUGCCGAUAAACAGCUACGUGCGCUCUUUUCCGCCAGCAGCAAGGAAGAACGUCAAAUCCAUAACCGCCUAGCAGAUGAGAGAAUUGAGUGGCGAUUCAAUCCACCAGCCGCUCCUCAUUUCAGCGGUCUCUGGGAGGCCGCCGUUAAGUCAGUGAAGCAUCACCUUCGUCGUGUGGUCGGAGACGCAAAAUUGACCUACGAGGAGAUGGCCACGCUUCUUGCGCAAGUUGAAUCCUGCCUCAACUCUCGGCCGCUGCAACCCAUGUCGGACGACCCAGAGGACCUCGAAGCGCUGACUCCUGGCCAUUUCCUCGUAGGCACCGCGCUUAAUGCCAUUCCAACUUCACCAAUUGUCGAAGAGCCAAAGACGUUACUCACCAGGUGGAGGCUGAUUAGCCAGAUGCGAGACAGCUUCUGGACUAGGUGGUUGCGAGAGUACCUCCACUCUCUGACGCAUCGACCAAAAUGGUUCAAGGCCGACGAGCAAGUCCGCAUCGGCCGCCUGUGUCUGCUCCGGAGUGAAAUAUCACCACCUAAUAAAUGGCCCCUAGCAAGAAUUGAGAGCAUCUACCCUGGGAGAGACGGCCACAUACGAGUCGUCGACGUGCGCACCUCCACCAGCAGCCUAACACGACCUGUCAACAAACUAGUGCUCCUCCCCAUCAACUCCUGCGCCAGAGGAGACGGCGAAUCGUAA